GUCAGCGAAAUGAAGUUGACAAAGUUGGUCUUGUUGGUAGGGUACGUUCUCUCCGCCCAACAUGUUGAAGUGAAUAGUUAUGACUUGGUUGAAUUGUAUAAAAUUAGUGAACAUCGUGAUAACUCAAGUGACCUAAAAGAGCCCUCCUAUCGCCGAAAACGAGAUGUACCUGUUGCUCUACCAGUUGAGGGACAAACAAGUUUAGUGUUCAUUUUUGAUGAUACUGGAUCCAUGGGUAAUGAUUUGGCGCAACUUCGAAAAGGUGCUAAAAAGAUUACGAAUGAGUUCGCGAACCGCAAGAACAAUCCAAUAUACAACUAUAUUUUAGUAUGUUUUAAUGAUCCAUAUAUUCAUUCUGUCACUGUAGUGUACAAGGCAAGCAAAAUGCUAGAAGCAUUGGAUAAAGUCACGAUAAUGGGCGGUGGAGACUGCCCCGAAUUGGCAAUGAAAGGCAUCAUUAUUGGUAUGGUAAACGCUUUGCCCAGAUCCCACAUUUUCGUAUUUUCGGACGCCUCUGCUAAAGAUCAUGCUCGGCUGCCUAUUGCAUUAAAAUUUGCACAGAAGAAACAGCUAACGGUUAACUUGCUGAUCACAGGGCAUGACUGUGUACCUAUAGAAACAUAUGAGGCCUACACUGAGUUAGCAAGACAAACGCAUGGUCAGGUGUACAAUAUGGAGAAAACAAAUGUGGAGGAAGUAGUAGAAAGCAUUGCAGAAGUCUUAGAUACGGACAUGGUACCGCUUGAAUCAAUUUACUCAGAAGCAGGAGGAACGCACGAUUUUGAUGUAUUUGUGGAUUCUGCGAUGAAAAAAAUCUCUGCAACAGUAUCAGGAGAUGACCCCAAAAUCGACGUUUAUGAUCCACGUAAAGAACUGAGCAAAGACGUGAAAAGUGUGUUGGACUUAGACAAAGUUAAGAUGGUCAAAGUGGACGAUCCGGAACCUGGAAAAUGGGGAAUUACCACAUCAUCUACUUCACCUCAUUCGAUAAAAAUUUCAGGAACGAGUGACAUUCUUGUCCGCUACGGGUUUUCGUUUAUUGUUCCUGAACAAUUUUCAGAUACAGACCCCAGGCCUAUAAAAGAUAUCACAAAUUAUCUAUCCGUAUUUGUAUGGAAGAAUAAGAGAAACCACACUUUCACCCAUGCUGAACUCGUCAUUGUCACUCGGAAAUCGGAAAAGUCCUAUGCGAAUCAUACCUUGCGAGUUUUGGAUCCUUCAAAUUGUGAUCCAGAUUUAUGCAUUCAUGUGACUACUCCCUUUUUACUGCCGUUGAGCACUUUCAAAAUUUACGUUAGAGGUUUCGACUCAGAUGGGAAUGCGGUAAAAUAUUUGGUAUCGACAAAUAUCAACGCGGUGGAAGGUGAAGAUAAACCAAAAGUUAACGUAACAGAGAAGGAAGUGAGAGUGAAAGAGGACGAUGACGUACAGUUCAUUUGUAAGGUGUCAUCUGUGAAAAGAGCAGAAAUCACUUGGAUUUUCGAAGCGGAGCCCGUGGAAGAUAGUCCAAGAAGGCGUGUUAACUUCAAGAAAAACGAUACCGUUCAUCUGGACUUUUAUGGGGUAACGUUGGAUGAUAUAGGAAACUAUUUUUGUCAAGCUAAAAAUCCAUAUGGGCAAGAUCAUGAAAAAGUAUCACUUUUUGUCGAACCAAUACCCUGGCAAAUUGAGAUGGCGCAGACGGAUAUGCAGGCUACAGAGCACGAAGCAAACUUCGAAAUCAAAUGUACGAUCACUCCAGAAAAACGCCUAAUUCCCGUGCAGUGGCUAUUCAAUGGGGAACAUCUAUCAGACUCUGCUCAUUUCACGGUUGCAGGGCGAACUCUUAAACUCCAUGGAGUGAAUCGAAAACACGAUGGAACUUACACCUGCAUCGGAACUCAUAAUGGAAUCUCUCUGAAUUCAACAGGAUAUUUGAAAGUUCUUUAUCAGCCAGAAAUAUUUGGGCCGUUGUUAGAAAAGUAUAUUGUGAAAUACGAGGACAGAGUGAUGUUGGAUUGUACCGCCGAAGGGAAUCCCAAGCCGAUUAUAAAGUGGACACGGGAAAGUGGAGAGACAUCAAGUAAUAUUAUUGAGAAAUUCACACCAAGUCAUUAUGGAGCCCAUAUAUGCGAAGCAUCUAAUGGGGUUGGUAAACCAGCGAAGAAGUAUGUGAUUCUGGAAACGCAAUAUGGGCUAAAACCGAAAGUUCUAAUGGAUAUGGAUGAGGUUUCUGUAACUGAAGAAGAACGGGUUGAACUCACUUGUGAAGUGGUUUCAGCGAAACCCGUUAAAGUUAGCUGGAAGUUCAAUGAUGAAGUUAUAACGCCCAAAGAUGAGAGCCGGCAGAUAACCAGUGCAGGAGAUAUGCACAUUUUGAUGAUCCCUAAGGCAGAACUGGAGCAUGCUGGUGACUACACUUGCGUAGCAGAAAACUUUAACGGUACAGACGACGGGAAUGUCUUCCUGCAAGUGGAAGCGUUAUCACUUGACAUCAAAAUGGUAGAGCCUGACAUGGAAGUGUUGGAAGAUGCAAGUUACGAAAUAGAAUGCAUUGUCUCUCCGACGAAGCGGCGACUUAACUUGAAAUGGAUGUUCGGCGACAAAGUUUUGCACAAUUCAAGUGAAUUCCAGAUCGCUAAGCACAAACUUCUCAUAAAACGGGUUAGCAGAACUCAUACUGGCUACUUCACAUGUACUGGUGAAUUUUACGGAAAGACGAAAAGGUCAGUUGGAUACUUAAAUGUUUUGUUCAAGCCUGAGAUUAUUGGACCAGAUAAUGAAAAACAUGUCGUCGAGUUCGGAGCAAAAAUCGACUUGAAUUGCACUGCGAUUGGCAAUCCAAAACCAAAAAUAACCUGGUUUAGAGAGGAUGGAUCAAAUGCUAGUGCAACUAUUGAAAAAUUCAAUCCUAGUCAUUACGGGAAUUAUAGGUGCGAAGCCUCCAACGAAGUCGGCGCCCCCGCACUAAAAUUUGCUUUUCUUGAUAGCAAAGCUGCAAAGAAACCUGAAUUAAUCUAUUCCGACUACUAUCAUGAAGUCAGAACUGGGCAAAACCUUACUCUAAAAUGCGGAUGUGAACAAUGUGGUCCAAUUUUUUAUAAAUCGUGGUCGCGUGUAGCAACAGAUAAUCAAACCGAAAUAACAGGUGUCGAGGGGGUUUUGGAAAAGGAUACCAAAAACUACAAUUUCGACCUUAAAUUAGUGAAUACAAAGUCUUCAGACGCUAGCAGAUACAUGUGCACAAUUGCAAACGAAUAUGGUAUCGUCCGCGAGACGAUGCGGGUAGAGGUUCUCGAGGAACCAACUAUAAUCGAAAUACUUCCGCAUGGUGCAGAAAGCGUUACUGAUAGCUUAGUGACUGUGAAACGAGGGAGAGAGGUUAUGCUGACCUGUAAGGUGCUGGGCAGCCCGACUCCGUUAGUGCGUUGGUACAAGAAUGGAAAGAUAAUGCCACCUCCAUAUGUUGGUUAUUUCAUGGAAAAUACAAUCAAAUUCGAACCGGCAAACGAGUACGACAUUGGCGAAUACACCUGCAAGGCUAUCAACAAGCUGGGCUCUGAUUUUAGGACCAUAAGCCUCAAUGUCAUACCUUCUACUCUGGCAAUGAAGACAAUAAUGGUUACCGACGAAGGGCAGACUAUCAGUUUGACCUGCGAAAGCCGCAAGUUAGUUUUUAAUGAUAAGCCCUUAGACUUAGCCGACAGCCGUUUCAACUUCGUCAAGAAUAAUUUGGUUUUCGUAGCGGCAUACCAGGACAACGGGAUUUAUAAAUGUAUAACAUACAAUGGGAGUAUCGAGAUGGAAAUCGAAACUGUCCUUAUAGUCCAAGUUGCUCCCCUGAUUUUUCCAAGUGAAGACGAUCACGUUCGUAUCCGCAAGAACGGAGAAGCAGUACUAAAAUGUGGAACUCGUGGAAAUCCUCUGCCUAAAUUAUAUUGGACUGUGAACCGUGAAAGAAUAAAAAACUCCAGCAAUUUCGAGCUCUUGAAAGGUGGCGACUUAUUGAUCAAGAAUGCACAAUUCGGAAACAGCGGGUACUACAUCUGUCGUGCUUCCAACAAAGUUGGACAUGCUGAACGAGGAGUUACUGUGACUGUAACUGCACCGCCAAAAGUUAUUUCCAAAUUCAUCACAAAUAUCCACGUGGAGGCAGGAGGUCGGGAUUCGCCAAUAAUCUGUACUGCAAAUGGGAAACCCAAGCCGAUGGUCACUUGGUACAAAGAUGGCACAGUUCAUGUAUCAGGUCGAAUCGGAGAGAAUUUUUUGAAUGUGGGACCAUACAUGUUCUCUGGCAAUUACACUUGUAUGGCGAAAAACGUUGAAGGAGAAGAUAGCAGGUCGAUUCAAAUAACAUCUCAAGGACCGCCUCGUAUCAGCUCAGGACGUCAACUGACCAAGCAUCAUUUUGAAGAAUACUCAGAUAUUAGCCUACUUUGCCCAUACUCCUAUGCAACUGAUGUGUCUUGGAUUAAGGACGGCAGAGAAAUUGGUGGGGGUGCAUACGGAUUUGAAAGUUACACUAAGGGAUUUGCCAGACCCGAGGAUAGUGGCACUUACACUUGCAUAGCUCGGAAUAAAUUUGGGGAGAGAAAUUUCACGCAAAAGGUCACAGUUUUUCCAUCGAAUAAUCCCCGUGGGGAUGGUGGCUUAUACGAUGAUGUAAAGCAGGGUUUCGUCGCACACAAUUUGAGGUUAGAUUGCGUUUCUGCAAGCGGUUUUUAUCCACGGACUGAAUGGGUAAGAAAUGGACGAAUAAUUUCAACGAAGGAUGAACUUUCUCUAGAAAAUUUAAAACUCAAUGACACCGGCAAAUACGAAUGUAGGCAGGAGGACGAUCGUGGCUUAGUAACUCGCAUAUUUUAUGUGAUUGUCUUAGGUCCACCGGAAGUACAAAUGCCUAUGACCAACUGGCUGGCCAUAAAGGAGGGUGAAGUGUUAGAGUUAGAAUGUUUAGUCCACGGCAUCCCCGCCCCAAAGAUAACGUGGCAACAAAACAACAAAACCAUCGCCUGGACAAGCACGAUUUUUGUAGUAUCGAAUACCAGCACAGAAAUGGCGGGAGAGUACAAAUGCUCUGCUUCUAAUGGGUAUGGGACGGUUGACAUUUUACACCAUGUCGAAAUUCUACGGAAGCCCAAAUUAAAAGUCCCGAUUAGAAACCUGAAAAUCCGCCCAAAAGACGACAUAUCGCUGACUUGCAAAGCAGAAGGAAAUCCGCUGCCAAUAGUCAUCUGGACAUUCAAGGGCACAAAACUGCUGAGUUCAGAUGUUAAAUUAGAAACUCCCAGCGCAGCCAAUCGGUCCAUGGAACUGAAUGGGAAAAGUGUUGUGCCAACCCCAGCUAACGCAGACUUUAUUAGUGGGAAACUAACAUACAACAAGGAGGAGGCAAUAUUAACCAUUCAACUGCAGGACAAACGGAAGGACGCCGGAACUUUUAUUUGUCACGCCAUAAAUUCAGUUGGAUCUGAACAAGUUGCAGUCACAGUUGAAAUAAUCGAACCUCCAACGCAAUUAAAGGCUGAUGCGCUCUCCGAAAUCACAAUUGUAGCCGGGCUACCUCUCUUCCUACCAUGUCCGUGGAAUGCAGACCCAGAAACAACAGUAAAAUGGAUGAAGAACUCGGUUCCCUUUCAUAAAGGAGUAUCUCAUGAUCAGGGAAUAUUAUCGAUAGGAGUGACAACCGUAGCAGAUAGUGGACGCUAUUCGUGCUCAGCUACAAAUAUUGGCGGGGAAGCUACAAAAACAUUCGAUGUUAAAAUUAAAGGUCCACCUUUCUAUGAUAUUGACCCAACUAAUUGCGAUAUUAUUCUAAAAUGUCCUCCUAUUGUGGAUAAGGCCGAUCAUAUUAUUUGGGAGGAACUACUUCUCGAAGAUAAAGAAAAUAUCACCAAUUCUAUUCCUGAAAGCUCAACGGAAUUGACUAUCAAUCAUGACCUUCCCACUUCUGUUUACAUCUGCUACCACGAAAAUUCCGGAAAGAAAUCCAAAAAACUUGAAGUACAACUUCUCCAAACACUCCCUGUAGAAUAUUAUGAGGUAAAAAGGGUGGUCAACGUCGGAGCAGCGAUAAGUAUAUAUUGUCCUUUGAUAUUAGAAAAUCUAAAAACGCGUGUUUACUGGUUCAAGAGUGGCUUUCGCAUCAUGAAUGUUGCAGGACAGUCCUUCUCGAAAAACGGAGAUGUUCUUUAUAUUGACAGUGUAGGCAGCGAAAAUGAAGGUAUUUACAAGUGUCGAACUGGACCAGGGAAAAUGGAGCGAGGAGUUGCGCUACGAACGAAAAGAGCUAGACCUGCUUGGUCCAACUGGGGCACCUGGACACCCUGUACUAAAAGUUGCGGAAAAGGAAUGACAACUAGAGCGAGAAAAUGCAUUACUCCACAUGGGGAAUACAUGGAAAGCGAUGGUAGUUUCUGCGCAGGGGAGGCGACUGAAAUGGAACCUUGCAACGAUUUUGACUGUCCGGUAAAUGGUGGUUGGAGUAAUUGGUCGGAAGGGUCGCGCUGUCCAGUAAAAUGUUGGAGGUCUACACUGGAACCAAAGCCAAUGGGACAGAAAUUGAGAACUUGUAAUUCACCCCCACCAUCCAUGGGCGGACAAUUAUGUUUAGGUGCAGCAAAAGACGAAACUGAGUGCUUUGCUAAACGGUGUCCCAUCGACGGCGGAUGGUCCCCGUGGAGUAGCUGGAGUGCUUGCUCAAAGUCUUGCGGCUCAGGAACCAGAACACGAAAACGAACAUGUGAUAACCCUCCUCCCCAAUUCGGAGGAAGACUAUGCAGAGGUAAAAAUGGGCAACGUCAAAAAUGUACAGGUCGACAUUGCCGAGAUAUGUUGUAUGUAGGUUAAUGGUAAAUAAAUACUCCGAGAACUUCAAGCAGCACUGUGGUAUCUCGAGGACGAUCAACAAAAACUUAGCUCUGAUAUGAAAAUGUUUGCAUAAAAUAAUAAGAAUUUCUAGUAUUUGAAUAGAUUAUAUGUACAAGUUAAC